CAUAACAAGGACACAGCACAGUUUAAAUAUUUAAACUCUACAGAUGGAGAGAGGCUGAGAAAAAAGUGCAAAGAAAAAGAGCACAGAUUUCUUUUACUGCCCUUCAGAGCGCCUGUAUCACCUCCUUUAGAUUUUGCUGCUUACAGUGUGUCUGGUUUAAGUCAGAAUGGGGUCGAACUUAACCGACAUUUCCUAGUCUUUUCUCCAGCAAAAACCCAGGCCUGGGAUUCUGAAGAGCUGAUGGUUUCUAUUCCUGCCUACUUCUAUCCCUUUAAGAUGAAGGGACCUGAGUGAGAGGUGUAAACUGUUUCUCUUGGAAAACAAGGAGCAGAAGUGAAGUGUCCUCUGCUUCAGGCUGGGACAACAGGAAUAAACUGAUUCUGGUGAAAGCCUUACCCAAAACUGGAAUAAACUGUAAAUAGUAUUCACAACAUACAUCGUCUCUCUCUUCUCUUUCUUUUCCCUCGAGAUAAAUUAUAGGCAGUAACAGAAGCCUUGGCUCAUUUGGGGUAUUGAUACCUUAGGUUUUCAAGUUACAGUCAAAAGCUGGGUAAAGGGUAGAGAGAUCCCCUUGGUGGUUCAAUGUUACAAAGUGAGUCAGGAACAACAAAACUCACUUUGCUGACUCUUGAUACGUGGAUUCUCAUUACGGGAAGGGAGUGAAAGCUCAUUCCUCAUGUAACAUGAGAAAAUUAGAACAGCUAAGGGCUGUUUUUUCCCCUCUGACCACCACUUCAUUAGGACGAAAAAAUAACCAGAAAGCCUAGGUGUAGGGAAAGCAAGUCAAAAUGUAUAGUAAUGACACAAUGGGUGGCUAAGUAUAAUUCGUAAAGAAAUCAGACCACUGGAAUUAGAUAAUGAGAAAGGUUAUAAUGUUUGCUAUGAACCUGGCAGAGUUCACAGAAGGAUGUUUCUGAAAAGAUACAUAUUCCCCUUAAUUACACCAGUACCAAAAAAGGCUACAAUGUUGACCUCAGCCAAAAUUCUGUUGAUUUCAAAAAUGUUUAGUUUACUACUAAUUGGAAGCCUUGGGGAAGAAGGUCCAGAAAUAAACACAACACAAAGCAUUGCAGCAGGCUUAAAAGUGAUGCAAAAUGCAUCUGUUCCUUUGGAAAGUGAUGCAAACUUAAGCUCAGAUAAAGAAAAUAGAGAAACCUCCAAUCCCAAGACAAGUAAUUCCUCUCUUUGGGAUCCAUCAAAUAAAAACCAUGGAACAACAGAGGUCUUUGGCAAUUCAUUGACAAACAACUUUUCUGGGAAUCCAAGAUCCACGCCUACGCUUCCCACAAAUCCUCCCUCGAUCCAAGGCUUUGUUUCUAAAUUGCCUCAGAACUCAUCUAUAGCAGAUGAAAAUCCUCAGCCUGUCUCAGCACCUCCCGAUGCUACAUCUGCUCUAUCUUCAGAAAAGUUCACUUGGUCUUCAGCCAGUGAUACCAUGAAAACUCCUGACAACAGUUCCAUUUCAGUUAGCAUCCUUCCUGCAGCACCAAACACCACGUCUGUGUCCCCCAUGAUAACGGAACCAGAUGAAUGGCUCACCACAACCAGUGAUAGCUUCGCAGGGUUUACUCCUUAUCGAGAAACAACCACUCUACAGCCCACCUUAAAGUUUACCAAUAAUUCGAAACUCUUCUCAAACACAUCAGACCCCCAAGAAGAGAAUAAAAAUACAGGAGUAGUAUUUGGGGCCAUUUUAGGUGCUAUUCUGGGUGCUUCAUUACUUAGUCUCGUUGGCUACUUGCUGUGCGGAAAAAGGAAAACAGAUUCAUUUUCCCAUCGCCGACUUUAUGAUGACAGAAACGAACCAGUUCUGCGAUUAGACAAUGCACCGGAACCUUAUGAUGCGAGUUUUGGGAACUCUAGUUAUUAUAACUCAACUAUGAAUGAUUCAUCUAUGCCAGCAGGCCGAGAAAAUGCACGUGACGGCAUUCCUAUGGAUGACAUACCUCAACUUCGUACCUCGGUAUAAAACAGAGGAAAGGCUUCUGACGGCAAAUGAUCACCUACAUCCUAGCCUUUUCACAAACCCAUCCUCCAAAAGCUGAAGCAAGAUCACUGUCAUGUGGCCUGUGCCAAGGAGAACCAUAAAAGCAAGAGACUAGUAGCAGAAACAUAGACGAUAAUCUGAAAGGUUUCCUUUCUUACCAUUUUUGGCUGUGCUGAAUCAUCUACUGAGUAACCUUAAUUUGGAUUUUGGUCUAUUUUAUUGUUAGUAGGAAACGUUUGUGGGAAUCAGGUGAAACUAAAGAGUUUCACCAUGACUGCCCUGCCUGAUAAUUUAAUUAACCCUAUACUCCUAAUGCCAUACAUCAAGAUUGUCACUCUCUUCAAGGAACAAUGGAAGAGUAAUUUAUUUUUAAUUUUGACUUAAAACAAGAAAGAGUAUACAGAGUUUCUGUGCCUGGGAAAUUAAAGUAAUAGGAGUGAGAGAUUGUUCUCUAGUACAUUUAGCUUUCCUAUAUCAGCACAUCCAUGGUAAGCCCCUUGAGUUGCCAAGUUGACAAUGACAUUGCCUUCAACAGGGCCAUGGUUGGAAAACUGACCCUAACCAGGAAAAGAAUCACUUCUCUUCAAAGAGUGGGAAAUUCUAAACUGUUUUAUUUUAGGCCUCAAUUAAUUGGGUGCUUUAAAGACUCAAUGAGAAUCAUGGGGGGAAAAGUCAGCCAAAGCAUAUAUUUGUACAUAAUUUUUACAGUUUUAAGAUGUUAAAUAAGAGCAAGAUUUAUUAUGUACUAGGUAUCAUUGCUUGAUCAUAUAUGGAAUAGAUUCUGUAUCUCUAAGUGUAUAAAGUAUAAGGUUAAAAAAUUGAUGAAUGGAAAUAUUACACAAACAAAAAUUUUUGAGCAUCACUUUUACAAGCAGAAAUACAAUAAGUGUCAUUUGGAUUCAUAUGACAUCUUUCAGUCAUAUGUUAAAGUUUGUUCUUAAUUACCACCUACCUUCGGCAGGAAAAAUACACUUCUUAGUAUAGGAAGGUUGAGGUUUUAGGGACUAGAGGAUUAGAUCAAUAGUUAAAUUCCCAAAGAAGCACUGAAUGUGUGAAGAGGGCAAACAAAGCAAGAGGUCUCACUGUUAAAUGGACAUGUAUGUGCCUGCACAUGUGUGUGUGAAGAAACACAGCAGUAGCCUCAGAAGUUAAGUAACAGGAAUUAAGUAACAGAAGAACUUACUUACCCCAUAUUGCCAUAAAAAUAGCAAAGAAGACCGUUCCUCCAUUAUCAAACAAAUAUGUCACCUUAAUGGAAAACAAAGCAAAAAUAUUAGUCACAUAUUGAUUAUAAUAAUCUAGUGAUUGCCAUCUACAUUUAGAUUCUAUGAUUUUUUUUUUCCAAAAGGAAUCACAUUAUUUUAUGAUUUGUAAAUAUGAGAUAUGAGAUCCUUUCAUGGGUCCUGAAACUGUUUCAUAUGAUUUUCUCUUUGGGGAGAUGUAAGGGAUCAGCAUUCCCCUCCCCCCUUUUCUUCUUUCUUUCCUUUUCUUCCCUUUGGACUUCACCUUCAAUUUCUGCUUAGAAGUGGCUCUAGUACCCUGAGGAAGUAUUUGUGGGGCAUAGAUGGUCAAGGUAAAGUUAGCUUUUCAGUUGAGGCAUACCUAGCUGCACUUCCUGUCAGCAAAACGUCCAGGACUGAGGAAGUUGCAAAAUGAAGAAUUCCACCUAUGAGCCAGAACUUUCAGUGGAAAGUAUCACAGUGCUAUCCCUACUUUCUGACAUCUUUCAGAAUGUGCCAUGGGUCCAAUAGUGGCUAUGAGUUGUUUUUUUUUAAAGAAGUUUCAUACAUCACUUAAGAUUUAGGAUAUAGUCCGAGUUUUUUGAAUCAGACAUUAUCUGAAUUUUUAUAAAGAACAAAAAAUUGUAUUACUGAAUACAAUAUUCAUGGUUGCAAAGAUUGAUUUUAAUAAAUUGCAAAUUCAA